AUGGAAACCCAAGAAAAGAAUCACAAGCACAACAACCAUGGGAAGUCCAAACCAAAAACCUCCCAAACCCGCCCCAAAAAAUACUCCCAACCCCUCCAAAAAGGCAUCCGCGACUUCGUAACAGCACACCUCCCACCGUCCCACCUCCCAGCCUACAACCUUUCCCUAGAAACCCUCAUGGAUGCCCUCCCAAAACGCUACACAGUAUACCAACCCCUCCUCCUCCUCCCGCCAAACGCGCUCACCACACCACCAGCCUGGGGCGCGCUGUACGCAGCCCUGGACGACUCCCAACGAGUUGCGCUGUUUGAAUCGGUGGUGCGCAGUUUUCGGAAUAUGGGCGUUACGCAUGUUGCUAUGAAUGCGCCUAUUGCUCCUACUCAUCCAUUGGGGCAGGAGAAUAGGAUUAGGAGUCCGGUGGGUUUGGUUCCGUUGUAUGGGGAUUUUGGGAGUGCGCCGUGUGCGUCUGCGGGUGGGGAGGGAGAUGCGGAUAAUGCGCAUCCGUCUGAGAGUGAUCUACAAAGGGCGCUGUGGGUGCAUACUGUACAAAACCAGGGAAUUGUGCAGACCUGGGCGCCGCUGUAUACAAUGUUCUCGAGGGGGAAUAUUACCGAGAAGGCACGGGUCUUGGGGCAUGCGGGGGUGUUUGAGGGGUUGGAUGAGGAGUCUUUAGCUGGCGAGGAGGUUGGGGAUGUUGGUGUUGUUGAUAUGUAUGCUGGGAUUGGGUAUUUUGUGUUUUCGUAUUUGAAGAGGGGGGUUAAGAGGGUUUGGGGGUGGGAGAUUAAUGGGUGGUCGAUUGAGGGGUUACGACGGGGCUGUGUUGCGAAUGGAUGGGGUUGCAGGGUUGUUAAGUUGCGGGAUGAUGGGGGGUUGAUGGAUGGGUCUAUUCCGGAGCUUGUUGAUGGUCUUGAUGAUGAGACGAGGGUGGUAAUCUUUCAUGGUGAUAAUCGGUUUGCGGCUGGUAUAUUGAACGAGGUUCGGAACCUGAUGCAGCCCAGGCAGAUAUGGAAUAGCAUCAGGCAUGCCAACUUGGGGUUGCUUCCUUCAUCUCGCGAUUCUUGGGAUAAUGCUACCCGGAUGAUUGAUAUGGACAAAGGAGGCUGGAUCCAUGUCCACGAGAACGUUGAUGUUCAGAGGAUCGACAAGAUGAAGGACGAUAUUGUGGCUGAGAUUGGACGACUGCGAUCUCAAAAUUGCUCUGACUCGAGUUGUACUGAGCGAACCGUUGAGUGUCGGCAUGUUGAGCGUGUGAAGACGUAUGCGCCGGGUGUUAUGCACUGCGUUUUUGAUAUUAGAUUAAGUCAAUGA